UUCCUGAGCUUCAUUUGAAAUAAGAAAACAAUUUGCUGUUAAGAGAGUUGCCAAGUUUUUCAACACUAGCUCCGUUUUUGGAAAAAUGAAUCCAGAAAAAGAGGAGUACGAAUUACAGCACUUCAAUUUUUGCUCGGAAGAUCUGGUCAAUGAAAAUCGUUUGCUGGUGAAGUCACUCAUUCAACAGUCAUUGCUCGAUUUCACGGACGAAUUCGUAAAGAAGCAUAAAGUUUCAGAUGAAGCAGCAAUGGAAUUACGAUCUAAAUGUUACACUACCGCGAAUACAAUGUUCGCUGAAUGCAAUUCAAAACUGGAGGAAUUGAGCCAGCUUUAUAGAGACACCUUUACGAUUCCUGAUAAUAUUUUGUUGCCAUCGGAUUUCCUACAGAAAAAGAACUGCACUGCAGAACAAGUUCAAACGCUGCAAAGCAGAGUGGAUGCUUUGGAUAAACAAUUUCAGCAGGAUGGCGUAUUUUUAGCUUUGUUGCAAGAUGAGAUCAAACUACAUGAACGGUUAGCGCUCUGCAUUGAGAGUGAAACAAAACUGAUGGAUCUGGUCGAUCAGUACCGUCACGAGGAAAUCGUUCCUGCCGAGGAUCUCGAUUUGGUGGAAGAACUUGCGACUCUUAUGCAGGAUGUGCUUCACACACAGGAACUUUGAAUCGUCAAUACACCCAUGCUUUUUUGAUAAAUAGUAUUAUAAAAUUGCCGCAACUUUUGAGUGAGUCAAACUAUUUUUGAAGUUCUAAAGGAAAACGAUAGUAACAUAAUGUACAAAUGCGACCGCCAACUUUAUUUUUCUAUAAAAUUCAUGCAGAUUGCUCACAAAUAUAUAUAUUUAGGAAAUACAAUGUCAGAAGCAACUCAAUAGACUUCAUGA